GGAAUGUGGAAACCAGCAGCUACGUCACCCGCAAAUCGCCUGGGGUCCCGUUUUCGGAAAACUCCUUAAAAGCCAUGAAUUUAUAACACCACCACUGUGGGACUCCUCUCCCUCCCUCCCUCCGUCUUUUUCGCUGAACUGGGACGCUCGUUUCUGUCUCCAUGGUAACGCGUAGGACGCCCUGCCUCGGUGUCGUCGCGUUGAGCUGAAAGGGGCGGUGGGGAUCGACUCGUCCUUCGGUUUCCAUCCAUUGAGGCGAAAGCAAUCGAAGAUGGUAAGGAGAGCACGGCUUCAUCAGGACAUCUGCAGAAUUAGCCUUUCCACAACGGCGUAUACUACCCCUACACCACUGAGAGCCAGGGGACUCACUCAUCAGCAGGGAUCCCGUCCCUCCUGAAUUCCCCACUGAGCCAGCCCUCCCCCAACGGCCAUCCUGCAUCUUCACCAGGCAUGACUCCCCCCACCAUCCCGCCGUUUAAGUUCCGUCCACGAAGGGAGAAUGUGGAUUGGCGGCGCAUCAGUGCGGUGGAUGUGGACCUGGUGGUGAGUGAGCUGGAUGUGAACGCCCUCCAGGAGCAUGUCAACAUGGUAACCUUCUGCAGCCUGGAGGGAGAGCGCUGCCAGCGCUGCCAGAGCCCCGUGGAUCCGGCUCUGGUCAAGCUCUUCCGGCUGGCCCAGCUCACAGUAGAGUGGCUGCUCCACUGCCAGGGCUACCUGACCGUCAACCUGAGCGUGGCUGAGGAGAGGCUGGCGGCCGCCGGCAGGGAUCGUGAGCAGCUGCUGGCCCAGCAGAAGAAGCAGGAGGACAAGGUGAAGGAGCUGACGGCGGAACUGAAGCAGAGGAAGAAGGUCCUGCGCACCCAGCAGCAGUCCAUGCUCGCACCACGGAUCAUCAGCAGCCACAAGCGCCGCCAUCCUGAUGAUUAUGAGAACCUGAUUCAUCUACAUUCACUCCACCUUGGUGCACCACCACAGCAAAGGCAUUACCACCACAGCUAUGAGUUACAGUCGGACAGGGAGAAGAAAUCUCAGAUCGAGAGCCUCAAUGUGAAGAUCAAAAGUCUGGAGGGGCAGCUUGUUCAGCACCAACAGGCCCUGCAAGCCAAAGCAGCUCAGGAAAAAGAGCAGCAGUCCAUGUAUCAGGACCUGCUGAGAGAACUGGAUCGUUUCAAAGCCGAGGAGAUGGCGCGCAUGGACAGAAAGAUCGAAGACAGCAGGGAUGGCAUGCGUAGGGAGAUCGAGUUUCUCUACAGCCGAAAUCUUCAGGCUCGUAAUGAAGCAAAUCAGUGUCAGACAGUCAAGAGUGACAGAGCAGCCAGCCCUGUUCAGCGGCAGGCAGAGAGAGACCUGGACAACUACAAAGAGAUGCAGACACAAGCCAUUCAAAGGCUGGAACAGCAACUCAAGAAACAGGACAAGAAGUGGGAAUCCAGGUUGCAAGAAAUUAAGAAUCAACACGAGUCUGAAAAGAAUCAGUUGUUGAAUGAGCUGAGCAGAAUGGAGUCAUCUGUGUCUGAGCAUCAGAAGCUCAGCCAGCGACUGAGGGAGGAGAUGAAGAGGCGGCUGCAGGAGAAGGAGCACACCAUCAUUGCCCAGAGGGAGCAGAUAAAGAACAUUUCCUCAAAUCCACCCACCAAAGUAGUUGAAGUACCAGUGAUUGUCACUGCACCUGCCCCAGAGCCUAAACCAAAGAGAGUUGUACUUGAUUCAAGCAUCUCUGAGAGGAGGACAGUGGAAAAGAAGCCAGAGCUCCCACCAGAGAGGAAACAGAGGGUGACCCCCAACACUCUGAGGAAGAACCCCAACAUCAAGAAGGAGCUGCGCCCCGCCCUGGAGCAGGCUCUUAUUGAGAAACUAGAGGACCUUGGGGUCAAAGCUGGUCAAGGUGGUCUGAGGAACAAGGAGCUCAGUUCCAUCAUGGUCAAGGUGCGUUCAGAGCGGGAAAGCAUUGCAAGUGAGAUGCCGGACUACUGGCACUACCGGGAAGAAGUCGCAAACACUGUGGAGCAGAAACUGAGGGGCCAGAGGAGAGGCAGUGACCCUGCGCCAGAGCCACAGGCUAAAGCCAAGCACUCAAUUCAAGUGACUCAGAACAGACCUCGGUCCAGUAGCCUGCCCUCUAGGGUGACCCAGGUGAUGUGUGGACCUCCAGUCAAACAGCCCAAGACCCCCCAGCCAGCACCAAGAACGAGGACCACCGCCCUGCCCAAAACAUCUACACCCAACACCAAGUCUGCUGUGAGGACCUUUACACCCAAAACUCCUCCUUUCAGUUCAGAUGAAGAGUCUGAAGAAGAUGACACAGAUAUGGAGGAAGAACAACCUCAAAAACACCGUCAGGAGCAGUGGGGCAAAUCACCCCAGACCAAACCAAACCAGGCUACCCCGAUCCAGAUCAGAACAAGCAAGGCCAGUCCAGUCCUGGCAAGGCAGACUCCAGUCAAGCAAUCAAUGCCCUCCAGGGGACCAGUGAGUGUUGUGACAAGGACAUCAGUCACUGCAAUGGAGAGCGAUGAGGAGGAGUCAGAAGUGAGCGAGAUGCAGGAGAUUGACCUCACGCAGCUCCAAAGCUAUAAAGACCAGAAUGGAAAUGUGGACAAGAAAAACUUUGGUAAAGAGAGCAAAACAAUUGACAUGGCCAGAAAAAUGGAGAAGCAGUUUGCAGACAGAAUGGUGAAGAAACCACUAGGGGGCGUGAGCAUCUUACCAGAGAGGAAGGACAUAGUUCAGGAACUCACGUUAACAGACCUGGAGGACACUUUUGGAGAGGAAACGCCUAAACCUGGCCACGGCUCCAGACCGCUGAGGAAGAGCCUGGACUCACCCAGUACCAGCGUCUGGGGAACCUCCACAGACAAGGAACACAAAUCAGGUCUGACUGAUGUUGGAACAGGCAGCACACUGAAGAGCAGCCUGGUCUCCCUCAGCGACAUCAGUGACUCUGACGACAUCUAGCAAUACACACGCAACAGCUGGUGAAGCAGUGUAGCACUACACCAAGCAGAGACCUCGACAGAAACCUCAAGCUCCUGCUCUGGCAUCAACAUGCCGAACAGCCAAGCCACUCAGUUGUUACAUGAAAGCUGUAGUACAGAGAGGAGAUCUUCAUUAAAGGGAUUUUCUCUGUUCAGGAUCAGUGGAGGUUUUGUGUAUAAAAAAUAUGACUAGAGUGUGAGCAUGUAUGUUCACAUAAUUGGUAUUAUGUGACUACCUUUUUAAUCUGCAACACAUUUUUCAGUUUCACCUAAUGCCUUGUGCCAACGUCUUUGCUUGUCUUAGGCCUUUUGGAGCUUUUCAGUAUUGAUUCUUUUUAUACAGAAUCUGUCAUAGAGAAUCAUAGAGAAUAUUUUAUUUAAUGAAAUAUAAUAUCGUUCUCCGAGUCAGGUACAGUUUGAGGUACUGUAUGUAGUUUGUGUCAAAUUUUGUACAUGAAAUUUGUGAAGCCUUUGUGUUGAAACUAGCAAUAAAAUCAGUUUGUUUUCUAGAAUAUAUUUAUAAAAGCAAUAAAAGUCAAGUUUGGCUAUGUA